AGAAAUGAGCUUAGACUAUCAAACUGAAACCAUACGUUUUAUUAAUCUUGAAGAUCAGUAGGUUAUCACCUGGAGGUGGCCGGAUAACCCCACCAUGCCGAAACUACCUAAUGUGCAGAGGUGAAUUUGAACUUGACGUCAAUGAGCAAACCCCACAUAUCGGAUGGAUCAGCUCAGAUCUCCGAUCCGUUGGAACGCGGUCCGCCUUGUACAUAAUACAACACCAAUAGUCAAAUCAUCGUUGACGAAACAAUUGACAAUCACGUCUAACUCUAUUAAUAGGGUUUAAGGCUGAUUUCAGCUGCCCCUUCGCCAUCAAGGUUCACUUUUACGUAAACUAAGUCCUCUCAAUUCUGAAUGUCUUUGUCCUUAGCCAAACCCCCAAACUUCAUAUUCAACUUUACAUUUUUCGAUCAAGACAUCACGUCACAUUCACACCCACAUUCGCAUUUACAAUGGCAUCGACAACAGCACCGCCCAAGACCCAAGUCCUCGCCAUGCCCGACGGCCUAAACCCCGACACCCUCGACACCCUAACCGAGCUCGCCGUACUCCUCAACCGCCUGCGCACCCCCUCCAGCACCGCAACAGGCAACACGCCCGCGCCCACGCCCUCCCAACAACCCCCUCCCCCUCCAUCAUCAUCCCACCGCCAUCCGCACUCGCAGAACCAGCAGUCCCAGGCGCAGACCAACAACGGCGCCACGACCACCACCAACACGGGCGAGCUGGCCCUCAAGGAGAUCCCGCCUGCCGCCGACGUCCUCAAGCACCGGUUCCAGCGCGCGCGCGUGCUGAUCCGCGGUCUGCCCGAUAUGAACCGUACUAUACCCAACCAGGAGGCCGAGAUCGCGGCGCUGGAGGCGAGGCUCGCGCGCCAGCGGGAUAUGCUGGAUAAGCUGCGCGAGAUGGGCGCGCAGUUGGCGGCGCAGCAAGACGAUAGGAUGAUUACGGAUUGAGUGAGCGAGUGGUGGUAAUGGGGCAGGCGGGAAAGCUAAAACGGGAAAGUGGCUAACUACGGGUUGGUUGGUUGGUUGGUUGGUUAGUUUAUCGUUAGAUAUGCGCGAUGCAAAAGCUACUGUAUACUCGCAUUGGCGUGGAGUUUCGGCGUUCAGGCUAUUUCACGAUGCGGUACGGUACGGUACGAUACCACGAGGAAGCGUUAGGAAGACCAGGUGUGGGAAUACGGGGAGGGUUAAUAAUUCAUAGGAAUCGUAUAUAUUA